AUGCUUAGACUCCUCCACAGCACCCGUCGCAGCGACCCACGCAGGGAUGGACUCGAAAUGCCUUCGCUCAGAGGACGAGCGUUGUAUAGUACUAACCAACAGGGCGUAUUGGAGUCACAAAGUCGUGGUGGAGGUGGUGGACUAAACAAUCACGACGAACUGGCAUCUUUCGCUUUGCGCAGUACGUUUUUAAGUCAAACUGGAGGUGGUCUUUCCAAGUCCAAGGACAACAUUAUUUCAUCUUGUUACAGCAAGAUGGACGCGAAAUUGAAUGCAGAUCGCGAAGCAGUUUUGCAAGCUGCUUUUCAGCCAGGAACGGAUCCGAAAGAGUUACUCCGACGUUUAUCUUCUCUGAACCAGAAUAUGGAAACCCGAGAGCUCAGUACGCUCUUCUCAGAUCUCUACGAUGAGGUGCCGCACAUAAAGGGCGCGGGUGCACAGUCAUUGCUAUCGGGUGGUCGAGGGGCUUUGAGACCCGCUAAGAGAGACUCGGUUGCGGGUCCCGUUCAACCUGGGAGUCCACGCGGUGGGGAUGGAGGGAAAAAGUCACCUGCUAUGAAAUGGAAAAACGAAAAUCCAGUCACAGAUCGUGGAAAUGUCAAGGUCGUGCAAACGAUUACGAAAGCAAGAGCGUCAUCUACGUUGGGCUUGUCAAGUUCGGUGGAUGCGGUUCUAGGUACUUGCGAUUUGAUGUCACAGUUGUUCGUUGAAAAAGGUGACUACGACCCUCCUAAAACCUGGCUUAUCAUAAUGAUCCCUUUGCUGCUGUAAUAAUUCUAGGAAGUGACUCUCUCCACCAAUUCCAUUUGAUUCUGAUGCCCUUGUGAGUGUAGAGUUUGGUAAUUGGUAGUUGAUUAAUAUCUGACACAACUACGAAUACGAAGAAAACCAAUGUCUGAAAAAUCUACUUCAGGUCUGCCAUCAGUUGAGUGCGCAGUACAACAGCAGCAGAAGGUCCUCUAUGCAUCUGACGACUUGCAAAAGAUGACACCUGUUUUUUCCCGCAAGAAAGAGCUUGCCUUGGAGCUACGUGAGAAAAUUGCCAGAGAAAGGGCAAAAAAGGCGGCAAUGCUCCAGCAAUCUGGGAUGAAAUUCAGUGGAGGCCGCAAGUCUCGCAAUAAACUGCUCCAACAAGACGGCUUUCUGGAUAAUAGUGUAGCUACGAUCGUGAGUCAACGAACUGAAGAACAAAACUAUGACCAUCUUGUACACCACAACCAUCACGAAGAAACUUCUCGGGAUCUGUCUUCAUUGCGCAGUACAGGAUCAACAGGGGAAGAUGGCCAUCACCACCACCACCACCACGAAUCACACCGACGAACCGGCAUGGCUGGCGCUUCUUAUCAGCCACAUGACUAUGAUAAGCACGCAUUCAGUUCGAAGGCUAAGAAGAGGAGGAAGAAAAUCCUAGCCCAUCGAGAGCGGAA